CCCACCUCCCACCAUUCCAGAAUGGGUCAAAUUCUGUAAACAACUAUUCAGUGGCUUCUCUAUCUUCCUGGGGACUGGUGCCAUUCUCUGCUUUGUGACCUAUGGCAUCCAGAUGUAUUUCAAUGAGAACUCUACCAAAGACAAUCUGUACCUGGGCAUUGCACUAGCUGUUGUGGUCACCAUCACUGGCUGCUUCUCAUAUUAUCAGGAGACCAAGAGUUCCAGGAUCAUGGAGUCUUUUAAGAACAUGGUGCCUCAGCAAGCUCUGGUAGUUCGCAGAGGAGAGAAAAUGCAGAUCAAUAUACAAAAUGUGGUAGUGGGAGACCGAGUAACAGUGAAGGGUGGAGACCAAAUCCCUGCUGACACCCGGCUCAUCUCUGCACAAGGAUGUAAGCUGGACAACUGAUGCUUGACAGGAGAGUCAGAGCCCCAAACCUGCUCCCCUGAUUUCACCCAUGAGAACCCUCUGGAGACCCAAAACAUCUGCUGCUUCUCCACCAACUAUGUGCAAGAAAACAAACCCAAUAGCCUUCUCAACUCAGACUUCCCCCUUCAUCUGCAGGAACAGUCAAGGGGCAUCGUAGUUGCCACAGGAGGCUCCACAAUGAUGGGCAGCAUUGCCACCCUGACAUCAGGCCUGAAAACUGGGAAGACCCCCAUUGCUAUAGAGAUUGAACACUUCAUCCAUCUGAUCACCUCGGUGACCAUCAUCCUUGGUGUCAUUUUCUUUGGGCUCUCUAUUAUCAAGGGCUACAGCUGGCUGGAGGCUGUCAUCCUCCUUAUUGGCAUCAUUGUAGCCAAUGUGCCUGAGGGGCUGCUGGCCACUGUCACUGUGUGUCUGACGCUGACAGCCAAAUGCAUGGCCAGGAAGAAGUGCCUGGUGAAGAACCUGGAGGCGGUGGAGACACUGGGCUCCACCUCCACCAUCUGCUCUGACAAGAUGGACACCCUCACCCAGGACUGCAUGACCGUUGCCCACUUAUGGUUCAAUAAGACUAUCUAUGAGGCCGACACCAGCGAAGAACAGAUUGGGAAUACAUUUGCCAAAGGCUCUGAUACCUUGAUGGCCCGCAUCGCUGGACUCUGCAAUCAGGCUGACUUUAAGGCUAAUCAAGAGUCCCUUCCCAUAGCUAAGCGGGAAACAGCAGGAGAUGCUUCUGAGUCAGCCCCCCUCAAGUUCAUCGAGCAGUCCUGCAGCUCUGUGAAGGACAUGAGAGAGAAGUGCCCCAAAGUGGCAGAGAUUCUCUUUAAUUCUACCAACAAAUAACAAAUACAGAACUGA